GGGCGGGAGCCACUCCCACAAGCCCGCCGCGUUUGACGAGAACGAGGAAGUCAACUUUGACCAUUUUCAGAUUCUCCGGGCCAUUGGUAAAGGGAGUUUUGGAAAGGUAUGCAUCGUGCAGAAGCGAGACACGAAGAAAAUGUACGCCAUGAAGUACAUGAACAAGCAGAAGUGCAUCGAGAGGGAUGAAGUCCGGAACGUGUUCCGGGAACUUCAGAUCAUGCAGGGGCUGGAGCACUCUUUCCUGGUCAACCUGUGGUACUCCUUCCAGGACGAGGAGGACAUGUUCAUGGUGGUGGACCUGCUGCUGGGCGGGGACCUGCGCUACCACCUGCAGCACAACGUCCACUUCACGGAGGGCGCAGUGAAGCUGUACAUCUGCGAGCUGGCCCUGGCGCUGGAGUACCUGCAGCGGUGCCACAUCAUCCACAGAGACAUCAAGCCAGACAACAUACUGCUGGAUGAGCACGGACAUGUCCACAUCACAGACUUCAACAUCGCGACUGUCGUGAAAGGCGCAGAAAAGGCCUCCUCCAUGGCGGGGACCAAGCCCUACAUGGUAUGUGCUGUGCUCUCUCACACCACUGGCCUUCACCCAAGCCUCUCCCCUGCCAGAAAGGCCUCCGCUCCUGUGUCUUCUAGAGAAUUCCUGCCCAGCCAGAAAGUGUAUGUGGACGGAGGCCCCGGGUACUCAUACCCUGUUGACUGGUGGUCCCUGGGCAUCACGGCCUACGAGCUGCUGCGGGGCUGGAGGCCGUAUGAAAUCCACUCGGCCAUGCCCAUCGAUGAGAUCCUCAGCAUGUUCAAGGCCGAGCGCGUCCACUACUCCUCCGCGUGGUGCAAGGGUAUGGUCGCCCUGCUGAAGAAGCUCCUGACCAAGGACCCCGAGAGCCGCCUGUCCAGCCUUGGUGACGUCCAGAAUGCACCCUACCUGGCCGACAUGAACUGGGACGCAGUGUUUGAGAAGGCACUGACACCCGGCUUUGUGCCCAAUAAAGGGAGAUUGAAUUGCGAUCCUACCUUUGAGCUUGAAGAAAUGAUUCUCGAAUCGAAGCCACUUCACAAAAAGAAGAAGAGGUUGGCGAAGAACAGGUCCCGAGAAGGCACGAAGGACAGCUGUCCUCUGAACGGACACCUGCAGCAGUGCUUGGAGACCGUGCGGAAGGAAUUCAUAGUGUUCAACAGAGAGAAACUGAGGAGACAGCAGGGGCAGAGCAGCCAGCCCCUGGACGCCGAGGGCCGCGCUGACAGCCAGGCCCAGGACAAGCUUCAGGACGGGCGCAACAACAACAUCCUGGCCCACGCCUGCUCCCGAGGCUGCAGCAGCUAAGCCAGCCCCUGCGGCUGCCAGGCGGGACUGCACACACCUCUGCCCCGCCCACCAAAGCCCCUCUCUGCCACGACGGUCCCUCUCACCCCUGACAACAUCAGAUGCAGAAAGAGCCCUGGGCUCGGAGCUGGGGGUCCUGGGUUCUGGUCCCAGCUGCCGGAAUGAUUCCCUGUGCCACCUUGGACAAGCCGUGCCCUUCCUGUGCCUCAGUUUCCUGCAUCUGCCAAAGGGGUUAAACAGCUCUUUGCCCCACCUUGAAUUGCAAGGUUAUUGGGAGAAUCCAAUAACCUCGCCAAACCUUUGACAUUUCUAAAAUUGUUUACACGUGCAGACUAGAACCUUGAUGUUGGACGUGCACUCCCAUCCCCCAAAACAAUCAGACCACCGCAGCUUUGCCAUUUGGUCACCCUGGUUCGUUAGGCAGUGGUCUCGAACAUGCCGCUCAAAGGCAAAAUAACCAUCUGAUGUGUUUGUCCUUCCUCUGGAAACACCGGUCCCCAAUCCUGGAGCCAAACCAGAAGUGUCUUCAUUUGCAUUCUCUGCCAGGUCAGUCUUUAGACCGUCCAAGGUGGAGUGGCCUGCAGACCGGCCUGGUCCCCAAGGUCUUGAUGGAGCAGAUGCACUUCUCCCUCCAUUCACAGAAGACUCCCGCACCCCAUUUUUAAUUUCAGCAGGACCCCACCCCCACCCCAUUCCCAGGGUUGGGAUGGCAGGAAGAUGCAAGUUCAGAAUGAAGGUCAAGUUGCUGACCAUCAGUGAGUCACUCCUACAGAGUGUCACCGGAGGUCCCAUUGGUAGACCUCUGACUCCACCCGCCUUCCAGGAUUUCUCUCCUGGGAAGGGUAUAAAGUCGUCUCAUCAGGAUUGUCUUAGAGAGAGUCCCCAACUGCCAUGGACAAGGGGGUUCAUAUUGAUGAAUUCGGAAGCAUGAGUCAUGAUAGAAAGUUUACUCUAGGAGGACAGUGGGUUCACACCAGAAACAGACUAGGAUCUGUUCAGGGAGCAGCUCGCCUUUGAAUUGGAAAGUGCUGUUGCACCCGGGAAAAGCUUAGACUUGGAGUCUGUUCAGAAGCCAGCCCUGCUGUUCACCAACCAGAAGCCUGUGGGUAAAUCGCGUCAUCACUUGGGCAUCCCUGUCCUCCUUUGAACAUGGGGGAAGUAAAACUCACCUUGCAGGUGGUUUCAGGGAGAAACGGGAUCCUGUGCGUAAGGCACCCACCCGCUCACUGAACGGCACCACUCCGUCAGCGGCGCCUUCGUCACCUGGAGAAACGUGCCUGUUUCACUCCUUGGGCUGGUGGAUGCGCUGUGGAAAUAAGCCUGGUGUUUGGGUUCUUUGCACUGUGUUCCUGGCACCAUUAACAUCUGUACCCCGUCGAUGCUCAGCUGUGGUUUUGCCUUUUCAUUCCACUUCCAAUUUUCCCUUUUUACAUUAUAAAGCAGUCCUUAGGGCUGCCGAGCGCUUCGAUUUCGUAAGAGACGUUUUAAUGUAUGGUGUAGUUUUAUAUUUUUAUUUUUUUUUAAUGGUCAUUGUUUUCCUCCUUUGAACCAAGGCUCUUUCUAGAUGGUGUUGCUCAAGUGCGGCUACUCGGCUUACACACAUUUUAGUCUUCGUUCCCCGUCGGCACUGUCCUGUCCCCUCCAGGAAAUCCCGGGCUGCUCCUCUCUUCACUGGGACCCCAGCAGCACCAGGGUGUUCUCAGUGGGAGGUCUGCAUGAAUUAGCGGGCAGGAGCUGGAGGCAGCCCGCGAGACGCUGGGUUUCCUGGCUCUAUUCAAGUUGGCGUUGUUCCUUGUUCAGAAUAAACUUUCUUGGAUGUUCCUUCCUA